CCCUCCCCCACAGCUCUAGCUUCGGAAAUGUUCUGAGAGCUGAGGGGAGGAGCGGAAUGAGAAGCAAGUGUACACUCAUAUCAGCUGAGCAGAGUUCAUUAGGUGACAGGACAGCGGGGUGGAGGGCAGUGAGCGGUCUACAAAACUAUGGAGAAGCAAAGCAGGUGUGUGGUUGUCACUGGGUUUGGACCAUUUGGGGAGCAUGCUGUAAAUGCAAGCUGGGUGGCUGUACAGGAACUGAAGAAGUUAGGCCUUGGUGACAGGGUUGAUCUCCAUGUCUAUGAAGUUCCAGUUGAGUAUCAAUCUGUGCAAAGGUUAAUCCCUGAUUUAUGGGUAAAGCACAGACCUCAGCUCAUUGUUCAUGUUGGAGUUUCUGGAAUGGCCACAGCUAUAACACUAGAAAAAUGUGGCCACAAUAACGGCUAUCUUCGUCUGGACAACAGCCUGUUCUGCCCAGAUACACAGUGCUGUGUGGAUGGAGGCCCAGAAUGCUUACAGUCUUCUAUUAACAUGGAUGUUAUUUGCAAGAGAGCCUCAGCAGCAGGACUAGAUGUUCAGUUUACAGUAUCUACAGAUGCGGGCAGGUAUCUGUGUGACUUCACUUACUAUAGAUCUCUGUAUGAGAGUCAUGGCAAAUCAGUGUUCAUCCAUGUACCUCCUUUAGGGAAGCCAUACACAGCAGCGCAACUGGGAAGAGCACUGCAGAUCAUUCUACAUGUGAUUUUAGACAUUAUGGAACAAUCAGAGGACCAGAUCAACUGUGAUCACAAUCACUGACAAGAAGCAAGAUCGUCUGUUUAACUAAUAAUUUCUGUAUAUAAGGAAAAUGUAAUGGUCAUGUUGAUGAUAACUUAAAGGGGUGAUCCAGCAUAAGAAAAACUGCGCCUCAUUUGUCUGCAGGUUGAGUGUGGUUUUGCUGCUCAGUUUCAUUGAAGUGAUUGGAGCCAAGUUGUAAUACCACUUACAACUGGCAGACGGGUGUGGUGCUAUUUUUGAUAAAAUGAGUUCUGUUUUGCUAUUGCUGGAUAACCCCCUUAACUUUGCCAUUUGUUUAGGUUGUGAAUUUGCGAGUCUGCCAUGCCCAAAUGUGAUUGAUGGCAGACGCCAAUAUAAUGAGGAGUAAAGGGAUGAUGUAUUAGGGAAAUGUGUUUUGACUGCUUGUUUUUUUAAUUAUUAUUCAAUAAAUCUGCAGUUUUAAUGGGAAAAAACAUUUUAGAAUGAAUAAGGAACUAUUAUCCUUAGGAUGACUGCAAAAGAUUUAGUAUUUUCUAGCCCUAAACCUAUGAUAUUUGGACAAAAAUCUUGUAUGAAAUACAAUUAUGUCCAGAGUGUUGUACUGCAGAUGAAAAACCUCCUUAGGCUGGGUUCACACUACGGUUUGUCAUUACGGUUCCCGUAUACGGCUGGGAGGAGGGGGGCGGAGCUU